AUGGUUUCGAUUAAUAUCGAUCGAUGGAAAGCGAUAUUUAUUCCACACGGUGUUGCAUAUGUUCUCCUAUCAGCAGUUAUAUUCUGUCUGCUAGUUUUGACUUCUAUUUAUGGAACAUUAUGGCGACACAAAAGAGAUUCGUCACAAAUUACGUCAUCAAAUCAUCUGAACACAAUUAUCGGUUUUCCGCCGCGUUUACCUAAUGACAGAGAUUAUGUUCAAUGGACGUUUUUACAUAUGAACGAUGUUUAUGAGUUGUUGCCACUGGACAAUGGACACAAAGGUGGUUUAGCUCGUGUUGCAUAUUUACGACAAAUAUUACUGGAAGAAAAUCCUUCAACAUAUACCAUUCUUGCUGGUGAUUUUGUUUCGCCCUCCGCAUUGAGUACAGCAAAAGUCAAUGGAAGACCUUUGAAUGGUAGACAGAUGAUUGCAACAAUGAAUUCUCUUGGGAUAGACUAUGUUACAUUUGGUAACCAUGAGUUCGAUAUUACCGAAAACGAGUUAUUGUCAAGGAUGAACGAAUCUAAUUUUUCAUGGAUUAGUUCGAAUGUUUUUAAAAUUAAUAGUAAUCAACCAAUCGGAUCUAGUUUAACUUAUAAAAUUCUCACGAUCAGCGGCGUUCGGAUACUUCUCAUUGGUUUAACACUCGCUACUCCAUCGACCUAUGCUCGUUUUACAAACGAUUCAUCGUUGGUCAACUAUACUCGACAAUUUCUAGCACAAUUUCCUAAUGAAUCGUAUGAUGUUCUUGUCGCACUUACUCAUUUAGACAUCGCUCGCGAUAUCGAACUCGCUUCAAAUAUUCCUCAAAUCGACUUGAUACUCGGCGGACAUGAGCAUGAAGAUGUGUCAUAUUUACGAGGUCCAAAGUACACACCUAUUCAUAAAGCAGAUGCCAAUGCAUACACAGUGUUUAUUCACCGAUGCGUCUACAAUAUCGAUACAAAAAGGUUUCGCGUUUACAGCACACUGGCAAGAGUAACGGAUGACAUAGCUGAAGAGAAGAAAACUGCAAAUGUGGCUAAAUAUUGGUAUAAUUUAGGUAUUCAAGCAUUCACUCGACUGGGAUAUGUGCCACAAGAAACUAUUUCCUGUUUACCAGCAGGUGUUAACCUCGAUGGGAGAUCAGGAGCUGUUCGAUCUUCACAAACUCUUCUAUCUGAUACAAUUUGUGAAAGUAUGAUGUAUGCGAUAUCGAUGAAUCGACCAACGAUAAGUAUAUUUAAUAGCGGAGCAAUACGUAUCGAUGAUAUCCUUCGCGAUACGAUCAUCGGCUAUGAUGUGUUACGUGUAUUACCUUUUGUUAAUUAUCUUUCAAUUCUUUCUGUUCCAGGCACAAUUCUUUCUGAAGUUUUAAGGUUGUCAAUGACGUUGAAAGGAAACGGAAUGUUUCUUUCGUACAACGGAAUACAGACAUCGGAUGGGGGUACAACGUGGCUGGUUGAUGGCGUCAACGUUGCAACAAGUGGUGUGAAUUAUACAAUUGUAACUAUCGACUAUGCAAGAGUGAAUACUGGAUUGAAUCAUUCAAAUGUUUCAGUUGUAAAAACGUUAAAUAUCACUCAAACAAAUGCUUUAAUGACUUAUUUGAAAAUAAAAUAUCCGCCUUGUUAA